AUGGUACUGACAAGUUGGUUCGGCACGGGCACACGAAACAUAAAGCAUGAAACUCUUGCCAAUAAUGUCAUCGAUCAAAAUGCGUGCAUUGGAUCGGAGCGAACUGGCGGAGCACUGAUUAAACCUGGUGAAACGCUGAACAAAGACGGAUUCUGGCACAAAUGCACUCACUAUCCAAAAAAUCAGACAGCUGUCUACACAGAAGAAUCGGGAUGUAUGUUUUUCGAGUAA